CGCAGGUUAAACAGUCAGAGCGCGUGGAGGCGCAGGACGCGGACAGGCAGCGCGCGGCUCCAUCAGGAUUAUAAACCAAACACACGCGUUUAUUUUACCUUGUGACACUUAUAUCAGUGUGUGUGUGUGUGUCUGUGUGUGUGUGUGUGAGGACAGGGCUGAGUCUGCAGCACCAUCCCGGGACUGGACGUUUUUACGCAGCGGAAUAAUCAGAAGAAUCGUCAGAAGAAUCAUCAGAAGAACGAGUCCGCGGGAGAGCCGGGCUGAAGGGACGAGAGGAGCCGAGGUUUGGUGAAGUUUCAGCUCGGACGUUUCUCUUGGACGUUUCUUGUUUGUGCCAAUGCGCGCGUGGAGAUUGUAUUUGAUCAGUGAGACCAGCCCCGCGCGUCCCAUGGAGCGCGCGCAGUGACAGGACGUUUGGACUUCGACUCAGCGCCAGGUUUCACUCGAUCUGCAGAGAUGCAGUCCUGGCUCAUUUUCAUCGCCUUGUUCUUGUCCGUGGCCAAAUCCCAAGAAAUCCCCCCCUCUGAGGAAACAUCCUCCUCCCUCAGCGAAUCCUGCGAUUCCCUGUGUUCAUGCGAGGGCAAAGAUGGCAUCUUGUAUUUGAACUGUGAACAGCGGAACAUAACCAAAAUCUCCCAAAUCAAAGUCCCAGCAGGCGUGCCCUUCCACCUAAACCUGUACAAAAAUGACUUGGUGGAGCUGCGCGCCGAGGAGAUGGAAGGGCUUAAGCACGCCCUCUCACUGCACAUCGGGGGUAAUAGCAUACAAGAGUUGGAGCCAGGGGUCUUCAGCUCUCUCGGAUCACUGAGGAAACUCCACAUAAAUAGCAAUUUCCUCGUCACCCUGAAAGAGGACACUUUUCAAGGCCUGGUGAAUCUAGAGUUUCUCCAAGCCGAUACAAAUUUUAUCCGGGUCAUCGAGCCGGGGGCCUUCAACAAACUGAUCCGACUCAAAGUCCUAAUCCUCAAUGAUAAUUCCAUCGAGUUUUUACCCAACAACAUCUUCCGCUUCGUGCCCCUCACCCAUCUCGACUUACGGGGCAAUAAGCUUCAGACUCUGCCCUACGUCGGGUUCCUGGAGCACAUAGGGCGCAUCAUGGAACUACUCGUGGAGGACAAUGAUUUUGUUUGCGAUUGUGACAUUUUGCAUUUAAAAAUCUGGAUGGAAAACAUGCGAGCGCAAUCGGCCAUUAGCGACGUGGUCUGCAGUCAUCCGCAUCAACUUAAAGGGAUCAUUCUGGCCAAAGUUAAAAGGGACGUGCUCUGCCCCUCCCACGCUGAAAUCAACCUGGAGGAACCUUCAAAGUCCCUGGACAUGGUCGUCACCCCCUCGUCCAAACUGAAUCAGAUUCCCAAACAAGGUGACGCCAAAGACGACUCCAAAGCACCGACUCCGUCUCACCUUCCGGGCAGCCCUUGUGUCGAGUUCUGUGCGUGUCACAAUCAUCCAGUGACAGGAUUUUUGAUGCACUGUCAAGACCAAGGGAUCCAGGAGGUUUCAGAAAUUGGGAUACUCCAGCAAAGCCCGACUAAGCUGGUCAUGACCGGGAAUAUGAUCCAACAACUCCGCAAGUCCGACUUUGUCACAUAUGAUCGUUUGGAAUUACUGAACCUGGCCAACAACAGAAUUGAUUACAUAGACAAUGAAACUUUUCUAAGCUUGAGCAGUCUGAAGAAACUCUAUUUGAACGGGAACAGAAUCGAAAAACUCUUCUCUACCAUGUUUGUUGGGCUCCACAACCUUGAGUUCUUAUACCUGGAAUACAACCUGAUUAAAGAGAUCGCUCCCGGCACGUUUAACCCGCUCCCAAAUCUGAAACUCCUGUCUUUGAAUAACAACCUCCUUAGCUCGCUUCCACCGCAAAUCUUCCGUAAUGUCCCUCUCAACAAAUUAAACUUGCGUAAAAAUCUACUCAUGCACCUGCCAGUGAGCAACGUGCUGGACCAGCUCGACUCCCUGGAGCAGAUAUAUUUGGAGGACAACCCCUGGGACUGCAGCUGCGACUUGCUUAGCUUAAAACAGUGGGUGGAGAAACUGAAAAGAGACACAGUGGUAGGCUCCAUUUUGUGCCACACGCCAAAGAAAGUGGUACAGUCCGAACUGAGGAGCCUCCGUCAUGAGAUGCUGUGUCCGGGUUUAGGGACGUACUACCCGGAGGAAGGGGAUGUUGUCACGGCCACGCUCGGCCCUGACAACACAGGAAGAGGCUUGUUUAGCUCCUUGACAGACACUGUACCUUUGUCCGUGCUAAUUCUGAGCAUGCUAGUCUUUAUUUUGUUGAUAAUCUUCUGCUCUGCCGGGUUGGUGGUGUUCGUCGUGCACAGAAGGAGACGAAGGGCUAAAAGAAAGGCGCUAGAAGAACAACCUCGUGAGAACUCGAGCAGCAGUCCGAUCCACCUCCACUACAGUAUGUACGGACAAAAGACAACGCAUCAUACGCUAACGCAACGCACCGGGCCGUCUACUUUGUACGAAGAAAGAUCGCACAGUCCGAUCGUCCAAAUCUGCCGCAACCCAACUUACUGCGCGCAACACAAAGAGCACGACGCAGAUAUGGAUUACAGCGUGGAAGAUCCCGGAAUGAAACACCAAGUCUGCCGGAGUAUCAUGGAAAAAGAGAACACUUCCCCGCUCACCGGAAACGCAAAGUACCGGUCUUUACCAGGAGAGUGUGCUGCGGAGUUUGUCACGCUUGCAAAUCCAAACUCACUUUACAGGAACAUUUUGGAGCGGGAAAAGGAGCUACAGCAACUCGGGAUUACGGAAUACCUUCGUAAAAACAUGCCCCAGCUUCAGUCGGCGGUGGACAUGCAGGUCCCCGGACAUCAGGAGGAGUUAAAACUGAUGGAGACAAUUAUGUACACAAGACCGCGCAAAGUGAUGCUAGAGCAAACGAAGAACGAGUACUUUGAACUCAAGGCAAACUUGCACACGGAGCCGGACUAUCUGGAAGUUUUGGAGCAUCAAACUCCUUUUAACUAAAGACUAAAGACGUUAUAAUGAUAUUGUUCCAAACCAAGUGCCUUGUCCUGUUUGCUUCUUUCCACAGUGUGAGGUAUUUAUCACGGGCACAUUACUUUAAGUAGCACAGAAUGUAAUCUCUCCAUGUGACUCCACGAUGUAGCUACGGUGUACGGACGAGGCGUGACGUUUUGACCACUGCAAAGGACAUGUCAAAGAAUCAAUUUGGCCACAUCUGAU